AUGAUCCAACUGAAGGAAAAACUGAAAAAAAUCAAGUGGGAUGUCGUAGGUCUCAGCGAGGUCAGGAGAAGAAGAGAAAAUCAAGUCACUUUGGGAUCCGGAAACUUAUUCCACUACAAAGGAUUAGAAAAAAAAUCCGAGGGAGGUGUAGGCUUCAUGGUGCACAAGAGACUCCGUGCAAAUAUAAAGGAGGUCAAAAAGCUAGCAUGGGCUGUAUAUGGGAAUCUCAAAUAUGUGUUCAAGGCAGAGUUGUCUAACUGCCUAAAGAGGAAAGUUUUUAACCAGUGUGUCCUUACCAGUCCAGUAUUUACCUACGGGGCCGAAACCCUAACACUCACUAAACGGACAAUAAAGAAAAUACUAGUUACGCAACUAGCGAUGGAACGAUCUAUGCUGGCAAUCUCUGGAUUGGAACUGGAUGCAGACAGCACAAGACAGAGGACAGUUGAAAUUAUUGAGGGAAGCUUUCGUCCAGCAGUGGACUGCAAUAAGCUGAUUGAUGAUGAUGAUGAUGUAGAUAUGCUUGUUAUGGCCUUAUCAAAGCCCCCUCCACGUUGA